AUGAUUUUUAUUUCAAUCGUAUUAUUCUUUAACCUUAUUUGUCCUUCAUUUACAACUACAUUUCAAGAUCAAAUUGAUCAAUUAUCAAAAAAUGAUCAAGAAAAUAUUGUAAAUACUCUUCUAUCAACAUCAUCAUCAAGAAAUACUGGACUAGUUACAGAUAUAAAUUGGUGUUGUAGAACUGAUCCUGGCGUCGAAGCAAUAGCACGCACAAGACAAACAACAUAUACUGUACAAAAACAUGGUCGUCAUAAAUGUGGUUAUGAUGGUUGUGGAUUUCUUGGAUGGGGUCGAUGUACACGUUGGUGUGAUGAAACUUGGUCUGAAGUGGAACAUGGUGUUGAGACAUAUUUAGUGUAUCAAAAACGCACUUGUCCUGCUGAUCAAGUAACAUGUUGUGCACAACAUAUCUAUGUUCUUGGUCAUUGCUUUGAUUAUACAGAAAUUUAUAAUAAUCAAGAAUUAUUGGGACACUUAAGUGAACUAGGAAUUGUUCUUCCAGGUCCUACUCUUGGUUAA